GCCGCCCCCGCUGCCCCCCCUACACCUCCUCCCAGGGUCCAGUGGCGGCGUCUCCUAGCAGCUCGCGCUUCGGCUUGCCCUCGCCGCAAGCUGUCAGCGAUCACGCCCCUUCCCCAGCAGGGCGCCCGGUCCCCCUCCCGGCGCCUCCUCCCACUGCUGCGCGCGGCGGCGGGAGCUGCGUACUGUCCCGGCCCCGCGGGCUGCGGAGAAGCGUCAGCUAAGUGCUCCCGGCUGACAUGCAUCGGCGAUUUGGGGACAUUGUGGUGGGGCCCCGCUUCUCAGACCCCCGUGCCUCAGUCUCAGACCGAGGGAAAAGCCGCGGAUUGGGGCUGAAACUUCGGGAGCGGUGGGCACCAAUAAAGCCACCAAUCCUUCCAACCGCCAGGAGGACUGGGAAUACAUAAUUGGCUUCUGUGAUCAGAUCAACAAAGAACUUGAAGGGCCACAGAUCGCUGUCCGACUGCUGGCCCAUAAGAUCCAGUCUCCACAGGAAUGGGAGGCAGUCCAGGCCCUGACGGUGCUGGAGGCGUGUAUGAAGAACUGUGGCAGGAGAUUUCAUAAUGAAGUAGGAAAGUUCCGGUUUUUGAAUGAGUUAAUCAAAGUCGUCUCUCCAAAGUACCUGGGGGACAGGGUGUCUGAGAAAGUGAAGACCAAGGUGAUCGAGCUGCUUUACAGCUGGACAUUGGCCCUGCCAGAAGAAACAAAGAUCAAGGAUGCUUAUCACAUGUUGAAGAGACAGGGCAUAGUGCAGUCUGACCCGCUGAUCCCCGUGGACAGGACACUGAUCCCCUCUCCACCACCUCGUCCCAAAAACCCUGUUUUUGAUGAUGAGGAGAAAUCCAAGCUUUUAGCCAAGUUGUUGAAAAGCAAAAACCCAGAUGACCUACAAGAGGCCAACAAGCUCAUCAAGUCCAUGGUGAAGGAAGACGAGGCACGGAUCCAGAAGGUGACCAAGCGUCUGCACACUUUAGAGGAGGUUAAUAACAACGUAAAGCUGCUCAAUGAGAUGCUGCUUCAUUACAGCAAAGAGGAUUCUUCAGAGGCAGAUAAAGAGCUCAUGAAGGAGCUGUUUGAUCGGUGUGAGAAUAAGAGGCGGACAUUAUUCAAACUAGCCAGUGAGACAGAGGACAAUGACAAUAGUUUGGGGGACAUCCUCCAGGCCAGUGACAACCUCUCCCGGGUCAUCAGCUCUUACAAAACAGUCGUUGAAGGGCAGGUGGUCAAUGGUGAGGUAGCCACCUCAGCCAUUCCAGACUCUGAAGGAAACCACUCCAGGGACCAAGGCACUCUCAUCGACCUUGCUGAGUUGGACACACCAAGCAGCUCAUCCUCAGUGUCGGCCCCGGCCCCUGCCCCACCGUCCUCCGGCAUCCCUAUCCUCCCUCCACCCCCCCAGACCUCAGGCCCUGGGCGCAGCCACCCAUCCAGUCAUGCCGAGGCCGCCCUGGGACCCAACAGCACAAGCAAUGCCCUCUGCCUGCUGGACGAGGAGCUGCUCUGCUUGGGCCUUGCUGAUCCAGCCCCCACUGCCCCUCCCACAGAGUCAGCUGGAAACAGCCAAUGGCCCCUGUUCCAGAACGAGCAGCUGGACCUGGACUUUGGCGGCCCCGAGCCCGGGAGUGCUGCCGCCAGCCCCUCGGAUGGGCCUCUCGUCCCACCCUCAGCACCGUCCGCGGGCAGCUCCCAGGCUCCACUGCCGCCCUCCUUCCCAGCUCCUGCGGUCCCAGCCAGUGUUCCCGCCCCCAGACCAGGCUCCUUCUUGUUCCCAACUGGUCCGGCCCCAGCCCUCAAGGCUGAGCCCACAGCCCUCGGGUACCACGGCUCAGCUUUGGGCGAUAGCACCCUGCACCAGCUGGAUGCCCUUGAUCAUCUUCUGGAAGAGACCAGAGCGACAUCAGGUCUGGUGAAACCCGUCUCCUCCAUCUUCUUCCCUGGGGCCACCACCUCCCCUCUGGUCCCCACCAGCACCACUGCUCGGCCUCUCCUCCCCUUCUCCCCUGGGCCCAGCAGUCCUCUCUUCCAGCCCCAGGGCAGCCCCAUGAAGGGGCCAGAGCUCUCCCUGGCCAGUGUCCAUGUUCCCCUGGAAUCUAUCAAGCCUAGCAGCGCCCUUCCUGUGACAGCCUAUGAUAAAAAUGGCUUCCGCAUCCUCUUCCACUUUGCCAAGGAGUGUCCGCCUGGACGGCCUGACGUGCUGGUGGUGGUAGUGUCCAUGCUGAACACAGCUCCCUUGCCCAUCAAGAGCAUCGUGCUGCAGGCUGCAGUGCCAAAGUCAAUGAAGGUGAAGUUACAGCCACCCUCUGGGACAGAGCUGUCUCCAUUUAGUCCCAUCCAACCGCCUGCAGCCAUCACCCAGGUCAUGCUGCUGGCCAAUCCGCUGAAGGAGAAAGCGAGGCUUCGGUAUAGGCUGACCUUCGCCCUGGGAGAGCAGCUGAGCACAGAGGUGGGCGAGGUGGACCAAUUCCCUCCUGUGGAACAGUGGGGUAACCUAUGACCCCAGAGGACUCCGUGUCACCUCCGCAUUGAAGCUCAGGCAGGCUGCCACAAGACAGGAGGGCUCUCUGGUCCAGUCAUUCUCCACAUCCUGACUGCAGUGCUUAGAGCUUUGAUACGGAACAGGGGCCCUGGGCAUUGCUGCUGGGAGCCAAGCUGCUGCCGUGAUGAUCUCUCAUUGGCCCCCUAAAAGGACCUGGUUUUUUUGUCUACCUGUGUGACUUGAAGUGGCCAUGUGCUGUCAGGGGUGGGGAGUGGCUCCAGACUCUGCACUAUUGCCCUGGGAACGUGGACCCAAGGCAGGGGAGUAGGUUUUUUCCUCCCAUGCUGGCAUCCUGAUGCCAUAAGGGGGGAGGGCUCUAAAGAGACUUGGCACCCUCCCUCAAGGACCGUGUUCUCACACCCCCCCCCCAGAGGCCUCAGCCCCCUCAUCACUACUUUGUGCUUCCCCUGCUGGCAGGCUCCUCUUGGGAGGUAGGCAAAGCCCAGUGGUCCCAAGUGGCCCUGGGCAUAGAGAAGUUGACAUACUACCGAGUCUCCAGCCUUGCCUUCCAUGGGCAGCAGCAUCCUGGAAUGGCCGCUGGGUGAGGAGUUGUGUGCUCGUCUCUGGUGGUUGCAGGCUGUGUCCUAUGGACAUCGCAGUGGGAUAUGAAACUCAGCCUAUUAAAAACAGAACUUGGCCUUGUGGCAGCCAAAACUAGGGAUACAAAAGAAAAUGGAAGAGAACCAGUGUCUCCCCUUCUCUGGAAGCAGGUACUCAAAGCUUUCUGGGAAAAGUGUGCCUCCUGCCUUGGGAAUAGGCCAUCCUACUCACUACCUCUUGCUUGGCAUGAAAUAAACUGCUCUCCUGCCCUUUGAGUUUGUGAAGGAGAGGACAACUCCCAUCAUCCUCUGCAUUCUCCUGCUUAGGCUUCCCCCCUCUUCCCACCAUUUGGCCUGUGGUAUGGCAUGUAUUUGGGAACAGGCAGCCUCAGGGUCAGGCAUAUUGCACUAGACUUCUUACCUGUUGCCUAGGAACCUUGACUGUCCCCAGCUGCUGAGGGGCAUGUCCGCAAGAUACGGGGUCUGGAGGUGGUGAGAUUAGGAGCCGUGCUUGAAUCGAGUCACCAGACCCUAUUGCUUCGGCAGUGCUCAACCUCCAGCCGCUUGUCCGAGUUGCUCCUUCUACCAGAUGAAAGUGGGCCAGGGACUCCAGGCCUCACGGGGCAAGAAAGGGACAACCACCAGCUGAGGAAAGAGCACUCAGCUCAUCUGGGCCUAGCUGGAUGGCUCCAAGCCAUCUCUGGGGAAAGGUGGCACAUGCCACAAUCCCUGAUCCCUCCCUGCACUUUGCCAGGUUUCCUUACUGUAUCAGAAGGUCCUCUCCCGCUUCCUUUCCAGCUUCCACAAGCAGAAUUCACUGCUUGAUUAGAACAGGUCAAAAGUGAAUCCAUUCACAACAUACAGAGUAAAUCCAAGAGCUUUCCAAAAGCCAGCUGCUAGCAGCCCUGGGAAGGUUUAUGGGAUUACUGUGUGAAAAUACACCUUUAUAAUAAGCUUUAGACAUUAAAAUUGAGUGUUACUACUGAGGUCACUGCUUUGUGACAAAUGGCUGUAUACAAUAUCCCAACUCUGCUGCCCUUGUUCUGCUGCAUGUCAAAUAAAAUCAUUUUUGCCGUA